AUGCUCCGAUCGUCGCUCCCUUGUUGUUUUGCAUCGUCCAAGAGGACCGCAACACUAGUACUGGCAGGGCUUGGGGCAGUAGGAAAUGCAUAUGCAGCGAUCCAUUUGGUUGCGUUGUGGUGGAGGAUGCGCAAGGAGACAGAGAGCGAAUGGGAGGGUUCGGCCGACAUCUGGACACUCGACAUCGCCCGCGUCCUAGGCGCCCUCGUAUGUACUUACAUGACCAUUGCCAGUGUCGCUUGUGCCGCAGGCUUUUAUGGCACACUCAAGCGCUUGCCUGCCCAUGUGCGAGUAUUCAGAGACUAUUCAAUCGCUGACUUGGUCUUCGUCACCCUGUCCACUCUUAUGUUCGCAUUCGCCUGUGUUCAACCCACUCUCCGAGGCGUUGUGUGCGAGGAGCUCUCUCGUCAACCUGAGCUCAUGCGUAAUCUUAUUGAUGCCGGCCUUACGAUCGAGAACUGCGAUAUUUAUUUCGAGCGUGGCGUCGUUGGAAUCGUUGGCGUCAUGUCUGUACUACUCAUCUGCCGAAUGCAAUUCACUCUGUUGGUAACCGACUACUACUCCCAGUUACUCCGUGCUGGACCGGGCGCCGACUACGAAGAGUUUUCGGGAGGAGAAGAGUCCACUGGCCACCGCAUCUACCUCCUUCCUUCCCAAGGCAUCCAGUCAAAGGAUCAACCACUGGUUUAUGCUCCCUUGCCGAGACUCUCUUUGGCCGAAGCUCGACAAAUGCAUGCCCGCGAAGCCUAUGUUUCCCGUCCUUCACGGCACUCACAUUCCAAUUCACUGCCUCAUUCCAGUUCCCGCUCCCAUGGUCACUCCCACCGACGAGCCGAAUCAUUAUCUGCCUCGAGGCAUCCCAAUGGCAGCAUCGCAUUGCCCAUUCGACCAGGUGAGGGUCUCAUUCCUGAGAGGAAGCAAUCCCGGAAGCAGUCGGCAUGA